AUGCCUCCACAGGUAAUCACAACGACCAUCAAUCAAUCACUCAAACAUGGCUUCCCUUCAAUCUUCAUUCACGGCGGUCGCCGCCACCACCAACUCCCCAUUUCGCAAACCCUCCCAGCUCGGCAGCCGGCGGAGCCACGGCCGCUUUCAGGUGUCAUGCAGCAGCGGUGGCGGUGGCAGCGGCCGUAUAGACCGCAGAAACAUGCUGCUUGGGCUUGGCGGUCUAUACGGCGCAGGCAGCGCUAUCCGCAAAGCUGAGGCGCUUCCGAUUUUGCCUCCUGACCUGAGCACGUGCGACCCCGAAGGUGCCUACACCACUCGAAACCAAGAGGUAAUAUCUCUAGACGUCAACUGCUGCCCGCCCUACACCGACGUUCAGAGCGACUACAAGCUUCCGAGGUUCACUAAACCUCGCGUUAGGCCGGCGGCGCACAGGCUGACACCGGAAUACGUACGCAAGUACGAGUUGGCCAUUCGAAAGAUGAAGGAGCUGGACGUGACGGACCCCGACGAUCCCCGUGGCUUCACUCAGCAGGCCAACAUCCACUGCGCUUACUGCAACGGCCCCUACGACCAGGUGGACCACCCCGGCAUCGAUAUCCAGGUUCACAACUCAUGGAUCUUCUUCCCUUUCCACAGGUGGUACCUCUAUUUCUUCGAGAGGAUCAUGGGCGAACUCAUCGGAGAUCCCGAUUUCGCCCUGCCCUACUGGAACUGGGACAACCCUAGGGGUAUGCAAAUGCCCAGGCCGUUCGACAGGGAAGAAUCCCCGCUCUACGACGUCAACCGCGACCCAACGCAUCGCCCCCCGGCCCUCGUUGCUCUUGCCAUAACCACCCCCCCGAUCACCGAUCCUGUAACGAUCAUCGAAAACAAUCUCACUCAGAUGUACAAGGAAAUGAUUGGUGAUGUCGAAUCCGCCAUCGACUUCAUGGGCGAUCCUUACGUUUCCGGGGACUUGCCCCCGCCACGCGCCAAGGGAGGAUUGUCGGAGGGCGGCUCACACGGCGGCGUCCACGUCUGGACCGGAAACCCCGCCAACGAUUUCCGCGAAGACAUGGGGAACUUCUACUCCGCCGGAAGAGACCCUCUCUUCUACGCACAUCACGCUAACGUCGACAGAAUGUGGACCAUAUGGAAAACUAUCCCAUCCGUUUUCCCCAAGGAUAUCAACGACCUCGUCGUCCCCAACCCCGACGAUUUCAACAACGCGGCGUUCAUGUUCUACGACGAGAAGAAGAACCUCGUGCGCGUCAAGGUGGCCGACUGCUUGGACCACACCAAAAUGGGAUACGUGUAUGAACACAGCGAAACUCCGUGGACAGCCUACCGGCCACCGCGGAGGGAGGUGCCGGUGAAUAUCGAAGAUCUCUCCAAGAGGGCAGAGAGUGGAGACAAUCUGUUCCCUCUCACUCUCAACAAGACUCACAGGGUUUUGGUGCCCAAACCAACCAAAGGCAAAGCCGACGAAGUGCUCGUGCUGGAGAACAUAAUCACCGAUAGUUCGAAGCUCGUGAGGUUCGAUGUGUUCGUGAAUGACGAAGACGACAAGCCAGAGGACCUCGCCAGGGCCGAGUUCGCCGGCAGUUUCACGCAGAUUCCGCAUAGGGUUAGGGCUGCGGAAAGCGCCAACGACCUUCGCUUGAACUUGAGGGAGCUCUAUGAGAACAUCAAUAUUGCUGAUGAUGAUUUCAUUGUCGUCACCAUCGUUCCCCACAUUAACGGCGACGAUGUUACCAUCGGUGGUAUUAAGAUCAUUCCUCGCGUUACCGCUUGAUCUCUGCAUCACCGUGUUUGGGAUUUGUCUGAGUUUCAAUUUCAAUUCGAAUUCCAUGUCAUUGUGUGGCUGAAUAAGCCUUUCCUUUCUUUCGAAUAACUGCGCAUUUUCAUGCGCCUUUCGACUAUUAGAAGACUGUAACAUUUAUUUUGGAGAAAAGUCUUUCUACAUUAUGUACCA